AUGAACACAGCAAGGCUUUUGAGGCUCCAGCCUCUUCGGUCGGCUGCUUUCAGGCAAGCCGCCUUCCGCCAAUCCGCCCAGAAACAAAAUGCCAGACCAUUCCACAACAGCCGGACACUGUUCCGAUCAAAGGCGAGCACAAACGCCCACACCAUCACCCAGAGAAUCCGGCAGCUCAAGAAAGUCCCCCCAGAACUGCUCCCUCUCGGCGUGGUCAUUGCAUUUGCCCUGUUCGCUGCCUUCUUCGCCAUGGGUAGGAAGCUGUGGACCGACAAGACUCUUCGUUUGCAGAGAUCCUCUCAGAAACAUGAUUAA